GCUCGGCCUUGGCGCAACUGUUGGAGAUGCAGCUUGUUAAUCUGUCGUUCGUGCAAAGAAACGUAGAAAUGGCUAUGCCUUUGACGGGACUGAUGCCCGGAAAUUUUGGCGGGUGGAUAAAGUAUCCUCCCGAUUCCCUUAUCGAUAAGGCCUGCGCCCCACCUCUCCGUGGUACGUACCUUGGGCCUCUCAAAAAUUUCUAUUCGGCCAUUGAGACGAGGUCUGAUUGUCUGCUUGUCGAAAUAGUUGGUGAUAUGCACAAUACACGCUGAGCCGCAGCCAGUCUGAGACCGAAUCAAUAUGGCGCCCAACAGGCCGACUGCCGUAGAUGCUGAUGCCGCCAAGAAGAGGAAAAGAGACAAGGCCGAGGACCGAGAAGAUCGGAAAGCUCGAAAGAAGCACAAGUCCAAAUCGAAGUCGCACCUCAAUGCUGAUCAGGUCGGCGAAGUGCAGCCUGGCAACUCGACUAGCGAUAAAGGGCUUGUUCUGGCACAAUCCAAUGCUAGUCUGAGCGUCCUAGACAUGGUUCAAAAGGAAGGCGCACAAGUCGAGGGGUCGUCGGCUUCGUGGAAGGUCUCGAAGCCCAUAGGAGGGAGGAUGAUUGACCUAGAUCCCAUAUUCUCUCCCGAUGAAGAACACCUCAUUGUCGCCUAUAACACCUCUAUCCAAGUCUAUUCGACAGCCGAUUCUCUUCUUGUUCGCAAAAUUCCGCUCUUAGCAACGGAUUCCGAGGAGGCAGACAAGUCCCCCGGCGUACAGAUCAUGUCGAUGGCUCUGUCGAAGGCAUAUUCAAACUUGUCCUGGGUUGCCAGCUCUGAUGGCCGCAUAUGGUGUAUCGACUGGACCAACGGCGCUGGGGCGGAUAGACCGUUCACGAUACAAGCCAAGAAGAUCCUUGACAUGGCUGUCGACCAGGCGCAAAUCGGUCAGACGUUUGAAGACGUUCUCCUUGUUCUAGAGAAGACGUCACACAGUGGUGGGCAGAUUGUCGCCUACAAUCGCCAGGCUCUGACCUCUGGCAGUGGGAAGCUUCUCCAUACCUGCGACGACAGCCCGCACUUGCUGCGAUCUGCGGGUAACUCAUCGGUUGUUGUUGUAGCGACUAAGAACUCGCUGCAUAUCGGACUUUCGAAGCAUACGGACAAGCAUGUCAAAGCCCUUGGCAACUUGCAGUAUCAGUUCUACUCGUUUGAUGUCGAAGACCAAGUUACCACCCUCGAUCUUCGACUCCCCGUACAAAGCCAGAAGCAAAAUACCCGAGCUAUGGUCGACUUGGCUGUGGGCUGUGCUCGGGGCGCCAUUCUCAUGUUGACUGAUGUUUUGGCCAAAUUUCCUACGGGGCCGGGAGCCAAAGAAAGUCGGCGGAAAGGAUCGCUACAACCACGAACUCUGCAUUGGCAUUCCAGAGCCGUGCAUAGUGUUAAAUGGUCACAGGACGGCAACUACUUGAUAUCUGGUGGCUCUGAGGGUGUUCUGGUCCUUUGGCAGCUGGACACGGGCAGGAAAGACUACCUGCCCCAUUUGUCCGCAAGCAUCGAGAACAUCGUCGUUUCGCCGAAGGGCUCAUCGUAUGCGGUCCACCUCGACGACAACUCGACCAUGGUCCUAUCUACGGCCGAGAUGGAACCGAGAACCUACGUUUCAGGCGUCCAGGCUUUGUCGUUUAGUGAUAAGCAGCCGAAAGAUUCCCUGGUCCGCAGGGUAUGGCAGGAACCGACCGAGAUUUAUACCUCCGUACCGGCCGCUACUAGCCCUGCCAAUCCUAGCCAGAUUCUCAUCUCAACCGGCAAUGGACAAAAGUCUACCCUGGCCGAGGGCAAGGCCCUUUCGGCCCCCUAUCUUCAGAUCUUUGAUCUCGAAUCUUCUCAGAGUGUGGCGAAACAAGCCGUUGCGCGGGCGAACGCAACAGACUCGAGACUCACGGCCAAGGGCUACCCCAUCAUCGAGCCGACGGUAACCCAAGUUGCUUUUUCGCAUAACGGCAAGUGGCUUGCAACAGUAGACGAAUGGCAGCCGCCAGAGAGAGAUGUAGAGGUCCUCCUCGAUGGCUCCAACACCGUCGCUGACCUCUGCCACGAGAGACGUGAGACCUAUUUGAAGUUCUGGGAAGUAGGCCAGAGCGGCAGCCCAUUCCAGCUGGCUUCGCGGGUCAACGAGGCUCAUUAUACCACCAAACCCGAAAGCGUCUUCGACCUCGCAAGCGAUCCGUCCUCGACACGGUUUGCGACUGUUGGGGGCGAUGGCGUCGCGCGCAUGUGGUCCCCUAAACUGCGGCAAAGAGAUGGGCUCUCGUCUAAGGGACCCGAAGGCGAACACGUGUGGCGCUGGUGCUGUACCCAAGACAUCCCCCUCGAGAAACCCAUCGACGGCGAGGAUGAUCCUGUCGGUCUCACGGGUCAGGCCAAUCCCAGUGGCGCACUCGACUUCUCGGAAGAUGGAUCUACCCUCUUCGUUGCUUAUGGCACGCCCUCCGAGGCUGUGGUGUACGUUAUUGACACAGAGUCUGGAGAAGUCCGCGACCGGCUCUUUGGCAUGUUCAGCGGAGAUGUGAAAGAGUUGAAGGCGGUCGGAUCCUGCCUGAUUAUGCUCUCGGACGACCUGAACGUCUACAACGUUGUCUCUGACGAACUACACUACGGUAUAGGCCUCAGGAAGAUGUUCAAGGGACCGUUGCCGUUACUACUCCUUGCUGCCAACCGCCAAUCGCAGACUUUCGCCUUGGCGAUACCUCUACUGAGAUCUAAAGGAGAGAGAGCAAAGGCAGGCACUGUUUCGGAGCUGGUGAUUUUCUCCGUCGACGACAACAAGCCGCAGCUGGUACAUGCUUUCCCUCAUCUCAUCACGUCUCUCAUACCCGCAGGCUCAUCCUCCGGCUUCAUCGCUGUUGAUUCCGCCGCCCAGAUCUAUUCCGUAGGCGUCAGAGCCGAGUCAAGCAUGCUGGCUCAGCCGCUGGCAGAUAUCCAGCUGGACAAGGAGGUCUCGGAGGCAAACGAAGCUAUUGCGCUGAUCGCCGACGGUGAAGAAGAAGAAGAAGAAGAGGCAAGCGACGAUGAAAUGCAAGAUGUCAACGCAAAUGAGGGGGUGGAAGACUACGACAUCCACCCAGCAGUCAUUGCUCCACAGCGACUUGCAGAAAUAUUCAACGCCGGCCCGGCAUUCGCCAUGCCUCCCAUCGAGGAUGUCUUCUACCAGGUUGCUGAGUUGUUGACUUCCAAGCCAGUUGCGACAUCUGUAGCCUGAGGUCUAUUAAGUGGGAGGAAAUUGCAACAGCGGAAUGUCCAGCGGGCGCUGACUGUUGUCACGAAAGUUUUGCCCAGGGUCGUUGGAUGGGAAAGGAGGAUACCUAAGAAAGGGGUUAGCCAUUUUCGUGAAGAGAGACUUAGGCCGAUGCCACUCUUAGAUAGCGGAGCUCAUGGUUUCUUAGCUCUCCACAGCUUUCCUAGCCGCGGGGUAACCAGUCCCUAGUCACGCCAUAUUUUGCUUGGUA